AUGACAUUAACCCGUUCUCAAACGGGGAAGACCCCAAAGAAAAUGGAUCGCCCUGGGUUCAUUGAAACCCCCGGCCGUCGUGUCACCCGCAACAGCUCCGUGUUCGACGGCAGCGAGAACGAGGUGCUCGAUUCCCCCUCCAAUGAGCGAUCCAAGUCGGCCACCCGUCGUCGCACCUCGGCCAAGAUCAAGAUUGAAGAGGAUGAUACUCCGGUGAAGGCCGCGACCAAUGGCAAGGCUGCCACGCCCAAAUCGAAGUCCAAGUCGCAAUCCAAGUCGCGCCUUGUGGAUGGCUGGGAGGAAGGCCUUGACCCCAAGGUUGACUACAGCGGUCACUUUGAAUUCGGUGGCUCGCUAGGAGUUCUAUCUAUGAUGAUUGGAUUCCCCAUGCUCAUGUAUUACAUGUGGAUUGGCGCUACUUACUAUGAUGGCAAGUUCCCUCGCCCUGCGGAGGGUCAGAGCUAUGGCGAGUUCUUCGCACACCUGGUCGAUCUGGUCUACACCGGUGCAUUCCCCUCGGUCAAGGCGUGGGCUAUCUACUGGGUUUUUUUCAUUUUCGAGGGUGCUUGCUACCUGCUUCUCCCCGGCGUGAGCGUCUCGGGACGCCCACUGCCGCACAUGGGCGGCAAGCAACUACCCUACUACUGCUCCGCGGUGUGGUCUUUCUACACUAGCAUUGGACUUGCUCUUAUCUUGCACGUCACCGGCCUCUUCAAGCUGUACACCAUCAUUGAUGAAUUUGGACCUUUGCUCAGUGUUGCCAUCCUGUCUGGAUACUUGGUUUCCUUCAUCGCCUACUUCUCAGCUUUGGCGCGUGGUGCCCAGCACCGUAUGACCGGCUACCCGAUCUACGACUUCUUCAUGGGUGCUGAGCUCAACCCGCGCAUGUUCCAGAUCCUCGAUUUCAAGAUGUUCUUCGAGGUUCGUCUUCCCUGGUAUAUCCUGCUGGGCCUGUCUAUGGGUGCUGCUGCUCGCCAGUGGGAAAUGUACGGCUACGUGUCUGGUGAGGUCAUGUUCCUUGUCAUGGCUCACUUCCUCUACGCCAACGCAUGCUCCAAGGGCGAAGAAUGCAUUGUUUCUACCUGGGACAUGUACUACGAGAAGUGGGGCUUCAUGCUUAUCUUCUGGAACUUGGCUGGUGUGCCUCUGAGCUACUGCCACUGCACUAUCUACCUGGCUAACCACGACCCCGCCGAGUACCACUGGAACCGGUACUUCCUUGCCUUCCUCUACGUCGCCUAUCUGUUCGUCUACUGGGUCUGGGACACCACCAACAGCCAAAAGAACCGCUUCCGCCAGCAGGAGCGUGGCACCAUGGUGGCCCGCAACACCUUCCCCCAGCUCCCAUGGCAGACCGUGGAGAACCCCAAGACUCUCACUGCUGAGGACGGCUCCAAGAUUCUUGUGGAUGGGUGGUAUGGCAAGGCCCGCAAGAUCCACUACUCGUGCGAUCUUUACUUCGCCCUGAACUGGGGCUUGAUCACCGGCUUCUCAAGCCCCUUCCCCUGGUUCUACCCAGUCUUCUUCGCCUGCAUGAUCAGCCACCGUGCUCUGCGUGACAUCCAGCGGUGUCGCACCAAGUACGGUGAGACUUGGCUUGAAUAUGAGAGACAGGUGCCUUACCUGUUCAUUCCUUACGUCUUCUAA